AUGGCUUCAUCGGACCAAACCAUAAACCUGCCACAGCUAAUCCUAAUUCUCGUCCUGGGCGGCCUCGCCAUACGAUACUUCUUUUCCAGCAACAGCCCUUCAACCGGGAACCGUGGUGCAACAUCCGCGAACAAUGUGCGGGCGCGGGAGGCGGACGUAGAACGCAUACAGCAGAUGUUUCCGCAGGUGUCGAGACGGAAUAUCAUGUGGGAUCUGCAGCGGAACGGGGGGAAUGUGGUGGCGACGACGGAGCGGAUAUUGAGUGGGAGGGGGCUGGAAGUUCCUCCACAAUCCUUCCAACCACCCCUCCCCUCAACAACCUCCUCCACCACCUCAACCACAACCCCCAAACCCGCGCGACCCCUGCAACCAGACCUCAUAACGCGCUACAACCUGGGCUCCAAAAUCAACAAUCCACCAAUAACAACAGACGAAGAAGAAGCAGAGCGAGAAAAGGAAGAGAAGAAACCGCAGGUGCAGAACUCGUCGUGGAGCGCGAAUAAGGGCGAGAGACAGGCGCUGUUGCAACGGAGGAGGGAAGAGAUGAUCCUGGCAGCGAGAAGGAAGAUGGAGGCUAAGGUUGCGGCGGAGGCGAGUUUGGGGAAGCAGGGUAUAUAG